AUGGCGCCCGUGGGAUACCGUACUUUCCUCAUUGCCCUGCUCCAGGCAUGGUAUGUCGUGGGUUCGCCCCAAGGGGUCACACCUACGUCGUCCACAACGCCGACACUUCCCCCGUCCCCGACGGGGUCUCUGUGCAGCCCGCACGGCGAUCACUGGCAUUGCGAACGCCACCCAAGUAGCACGCAGUCAUCAUCCUCACCAUUCAACGACCCAACCCAAAAGUGCCACGCCCACGGCGACCACUGGCACUGUCCCGACGGCGUCCCCGAGCCAACCACUCCGCCUCCAUCCACCAUCAACACAGCGACAACGACGAUGACGACGACUACCUCGGCCUCGGCCACGGAAUGCCACGCACACGGUGAUCACUGGCAUUGUCCCGAGGGCGUUCCGGAGCCGACCUCGCCGCCUGAGCAGGUUGAGUCUGGGACGGCUACGACGACGACCACAGCUGGGCCUACGGCGACGGGUGGUGUAGGGAGGGUGGGUGGUGGUGGGGUGAGUGCGGCAUGGAUUGGGUUGGUGGUUGGGCUUGGGGUGGUGGUUUGGGUGUGA